AUCUUGUUCACAUGCAUGCCGCCUGAUGUUUACGCUACCGCGACAUCUACUGGUUUUUGUUGCACGACGUCCAUUGCUUCUCUUUGUUCGUAAUUCUCUUGAAGAAUAUAAUAAACAGCCAUGGCAACGGAGGAGAUUGAAAAUGAACUUUUGGACUAUGAGGAAGAGGAGCAGGAACAGCCGCAGGAGGUCACAAAAGAAGCAGUCCCGGUGAAGAAAGAUGUCAAGGGCUCCUACGUAUCCAUACAUUCUUCUGGAUUUCGUGACUUUCUUCUGAAACCUGAGCUGCUCAGAGCCAUUGUUGACUGCGGAUUUGAACAUCCCAGUGAAGUCCAGCACGAGUGCAUUCCGCAGGCCAUCCUCAGCAUGGACAUCAUAUCGCAGGCAAAGUCCGGCAUGGGCAAGACGGCCGUGUUCGUGCUGGCGACGCUGCAGCAGCUGGAGCCGCAGGACGGAUCGGUGUCCGUGCUCGUGCUCUGCCACACCCGCGAGCUCGCCUACCAGAUCAGCAAGGAGUACAGUCGCUUCUCUAAGUAUUUGACCAAGGUGAAGGUCAGCGUGUUUCUCGGAGGACUGCCGCAGCGCAAGGACGAGGAGACACUGCGCAACGACUGCCCGCACAUCGUCGUCGGCACGCCCGGCCGCAUCCUCGCGCUCGCGCGCGGAAAGGCUCUCAACCUCAAGCACAUCAAGCACUUCAUUCUCGACGAGUGCGACAAGAUGCUCGGAGAGUUAGAUAUGAGAGCCGAUGUUCAGGAGAUCUUUAAGAUGACGCCGCACGAGAAACAGGUCAUGAUGUUCAGCGCGACGCUGAGCAAGGAAAUCCGGCCCGUCUGCAAGAAGUUCAUGCAAGACCCGAUGGAGGUGUACAUCGACGACGAGUCGAAGCUGACGCUGCACGGCCUGCAGCAGCACUACGUCAAGCUGAAGGACAACGAGAAGAACCGCAAGCUCUUCGACCUCCUCGACGUGCUCGAGUUCAACCAGGUGGUGAUCUUCGUUAAGAGCGUGCAGCGGUGCAUGGCGUUGGCACAGCUGCUCGUCGAGCAAAACUUCCCUGCCAUCGCGAUCCACAGAGGCAUGACGCAGGAAGAACGACUCAGUCGCUACCAGCAGUUCAAGAAUUUCGAGAAGCGCAUUCUGGUUGCGACGAAUCUGUUCGGCCGCGGCAUGGACAUUGAGCGCGUGAACAUCGUGUUCAACUACGACAUGCCAGAGAACUCUGACACGUACCUGCACAGGGUGGCGCGCGCUGGCCGAUUCGGAACAAAGGGUCUCGCGAUCACGUUCGUCAGCGACGAGAACGACGCGAAGAUCCUCAACGAAGUGCAGGACCGGUUUGACGUGAACAUCACGGAACUGCCCGAAGAGAUCGACAUCUCCUCCUACAUCGAGGGACGCUAGAAGAACGGCAGAGCAGUCAGCUGCUGCCAGACGGUCCCCACUGUCGCUACCUGUGGACAAAGGCACAACUAUUUGCAAUGUAAAUAAUGCGGACUGCUGAGGACGGUGGCAGCCUGUAAAAAAAAUACAUGUAGGCGGUGCGGGAAUCCGCGCAUUGCGUGAGGUCGCCGUGUGGGGUCGCCGUGUGCGGUCACGGUUGCCUCUGUUUUUUACGUUUUCGUUCAGGCCAGUGUGAUUUAUGUUUCGCCAGUUCAUUUUUAAAACGCACACGUUCGCCGUCCGUUCGUCGCGAUCGGAGGCGGCGGGCGGGGCACUCCCGAUCGGGAUUUGCGGCGAGUUGUUGUGGAUUCACGAGCAACGACAGCGUCUAUGAUUGUAAACGAUUUCACUUUUUAUAGAAUGCAUAAUUGUGUAGGUAGUUAAAACUUCAACAAAAUUGCGGGCGCCCGGUCGAGAUGGCAGGGGGGUGCGAUGUAAAUAUACGUUUUGAGUAGCACAACGUUCUUUCACUAGUGUGUGUUAUAGUACUCGUAUUGAUGAUUGUCGGGUCGGAUGGUGCACGUCAUUGUAUCGGUGUAAGAUUGAGAAACUGUAAACGAAUGAAUGUUCACGUGCCAUGUCGGCGCAAAACAAGUGAGCUCUCUGCAGUGCAUUUUUUGUUUUGUGACUUGUAGGUGUUGUCAGGAAUAAAUAUGUCACUUGAA